UGUUGAUACGAUCAGGGAACCGGAGGAAGUGGAGGAACACUGAGAGAGUUUUUCAGUCAACCUCUGUGCCUCUUCUUCUUCUUCCUGCUGCUCCCAAGGAGACUUGGACAGAACUGUCUGUCUCCCCUGUUUUACUCCGCUUGGACGGGGCAGACCGCUCACCAUGAAGGGCACAGGGAAUAAAAGAUGUCUGCAGAUGCGUUUGGAGCCGGGGGCAGCGAUGCCCAGCAAACCCUGCAGUCCUUCUGGCCCCGAGUCAUGGAGGAGAUCAGGAACCUCACCGUGAAGGAUUUUCGCGUGCAGGAGUUGCCUCUAGCCCGGAUCAAAAAAAUCAUGAAGCUGGAUGAGGAUGUGAAGAUGAUCAGCGCUGAGGCUCCAGUCCUGUUUGCUAAGGCGGCUCAGAUCUUUAUCACAGAGCUCACCCUCAGAGCGUGGAUCCACACAGAGGACAACAAAAGGCGCACACUACAGAGGAACGACAUCGCCAUGGCAAUAACGAAGUUCGACCAGUUUGACUUCCUGAUCGACAUCGUGCCCCGGGACGACCUGAAGCCUCCUAAACGACAGGAGGAGAUGCGUCAGUCGGUAGCUCCAGCCGAGCCGGUGCAGUACUAUUUCACUCUAGCACAGCAGCCUGGAGCUGUGCAGGUGCAGGGGACACAACAGGCCCAGCAGCAGGGGGCACAAGCAGCCACGACCAUCCAGCCAGGACAGAUCAUCAUUGCACAGCCUCAACAAGGACAGAUGCUGCAAGGUGCCACCAUGCAGCAGUUACAGCAGGUGCAGGUGCAAUCACAGGGCACACCGAUCACGAGUGCACCCGUGACCAUGCAGGUGAGCGAGGGCCAACAGGUGCAGAUUGUUCAAGCUGCAGCUGCGCAGGGUCAAGCUCAAACCGCGCAAGCCCAAGGACAGACCAUGCAGGUCAUGCAGCAGAUCAUCACCAACACGGGAGAGAUCCAGCAAAUCCCGGUGCAACUAAACACUGGUCAGCUGCAGUACAUCCGACUAGCUCAGCCAGUUUCCGGGGCGCAAGUGGUCCAAGGACAGAUUCAGACUCUCUCAAACACCCAGCAGAUCACACAAGAGGUACAGCAAGCACAGCAGCAGUUCAACCAGUUUACUGACGGACAGCAGUUGUAUCAGAUUCAGCAGGUGACGAUGCCGGCCGGACAGGAGCUCACCCAACCAAUGUUCAUUCAGUCCACUAACCAGACAGCCGACGCACAGGUCACGCAGGUCAGCACCGACUGAGCCCAGCCAGGAACCUUUCCUCCACACACAUUACGCGCAUACCAGCCAAUGUGACGUCACCGACUUCGACAACAGAAACAUGAACUGGAUUUCAAACCCUUCUCUGAAAGCCGAGGGACCUGAAUUCUUGUAACAUUUUUUUGGUAACAAAUUUAGUGCACUGGAUAAAAAGCCAAAGGGACACUAAAUUGACUUUUCAUAUUCAUGUUAAACUGCAUGUUUGAGACACUUUUUGUACUUCUGUCACCUUCUGCAACUCAUCUCCCUCUUCUUAUCUCAAGUCUAAAUUUCAAUAUUUCUUCAAAACAUAAAAGAGUGCGUGCUUAAUUCCUGCUUCCUUCCUGUUUGGAAAAGAGUCGUGAAUGUGUACAUGACUUGCGCCUGACAUAUCUUUCACCUGCUGCUUUCCAAAAAAAUAUACUUUCUCUUGUUUUUUUUUCUUCAUGAAGUUGAUGGAUGAAAUGAAGCCAUAUACCUCAGAGUUCACUUUUUUACAGCAGGUCAAAUUAAGGGAUCCCAUGAGGUUCAGCGAUAAUUCUACAUGUAGUUGCUUUUUUCUGUUGUUUUCCACAUUGAAGAUGAAGCAUAUUCAAUGUCUUCAAACUGUACAGGUUAACUGAAUAUGUGAGGAUGUGUGUUUGUUAUAUCAAGAGUGCACACUGCACUUCUUUUUUCCUUCUAUUUUUUUCCUCCCCCUUUUCUAGAGCAGAGAAUUCUUCUCUGCCUCUAUGCAGUUUCACACAUCCCUUUCUACCUUACCCUGGUUUAAGUCUCAUGCACAUACAGGUGAAUCAAAAAAACAACAAAAACAACAAAAACAAAAACCAAACAACCUUUUAUAGGCGUCUGUUUUUCAGAACGAGUGUUAUACUUUCAGUUUCGAUGUUUUUGCCCCCACAUCAUCCCUCUUUUAUUGUACAGUAAUGAUUAUUAUCAAUGUUUUUAUUAUUGUUGUUUCUGCAUGUAGUUAAAACUGCCAGCAUGACAUGCAAUAGAUAGGUACAAUUUUAUUUUUGACGUUCCUUUUUGUAAACAAACUUUGUGAGAUAAAAAAUAAAAACCAUUGCUUGUCAAAAAGUU